AAUGUGCUGCCAACAGCUGGACCCGAAACGAGUCCAAUCUUAGAAAGUCAGUGCGCUGAAUAAGUGUAAACAUGAAUCAGACAGACGAUUGAAAGCUGCUAGAGUUGUAAAACGGGAGAAAUUCAACACAAAAUAAGUCGCUUCUAUCAAGCUAAGAUUUGGGGGAAUAAUAUGGGUUAAACCACAUUUAUUGACGUGGAAAAUUUGUUGCAUCGUUCCCACUUCUCUGAUUUUGAACUUAUUAGUGUGAAAGCACUUCGUCUAACUUAACUGUACAUAAAACUCAACUCUUGUGUUUUUCAUGUUCUCUUCAAACUACUAAUCAAACUUAUCACAGAUUGUACUUUCUGCGACUACCCUGAUUUUAUCAACUGUCUGACAUCUUCUGACUCUUAGGUUGUGUGAUGGUGUGGCGCAAUGUUGGAGAGGUCACAGAGCAGUUGUAAGGACGCACGUUCGUGCUCUACAGUUAGUGAAGCACGUGUCUCCCUCCAUCAUGGAGGGUGCCAUCCAUCCACCACCUCGGUCCCCCCUCAACUGUCGUACUAAAGCAUCCGUGCGUGACGAAGUCCCCAUCGUACACGGGGCUGUGAGGCCACUCAGUGCUGGCAGCGCUCAAUCCCGUCCCCCACAUUCUGUCGGUCCGCCUGUCAGGAAAAUCCGUGCCAACCACCAGCGUAAUCUGUCUCUUGACUUCAGAUCGGAAGGCAUCAUUUUGCCCCCACUGCCUCCGGCACCGUCGUUUCCCUCCAGCCAUCACCACCAACGCAACCGAAGCUUGGAUUCAGUUUUACAGCGAAUUCCAGAAGUCGAAUGCAGCGAGCCAGCACCGCUCCCUCCUGCAGCUCCACCGCUGCUUAAGCCCAGCUUGUCAUUCACUUUUUCCGAUGCUCCGAGCUUCAAACUCAGAGUUGAUCCUUGCAGAAGUCGCAUUCUCAACACCGGUCCAGCUUCUCCAGGCCCGGUGCGAGCUGUGCAAUCUGUCACUGCUGUCAUCCGAUCCCAACACUCGCGCUAUGACCAGACCAGCCUAGGCUCCGACGACUCGGGCAUAUGCAGCUCCGAAGGAGAAAUUAGAGACGCUGGGGCUUCUGACAGAACCUACAGCAUAGACUGCUUGCCUCCGUCACUUUACUGUGAAAGUAAAAGAAGUGAUAGCGGCGCUUUGAGCAGCAUGGAAGGAGAUCUAGAAGGAGACUGGAGUCUCCAUUUCGCAGAGCGCAACGAAGGGCAAGAAGACGCUUCUCCCGAAGAUACUACAAUUACUGAAGACUCGAUGCCUGCUAAAGCAACAACUCCUGGGGUUGAGGAGUGUGUCCCUGCUCAAGACUGUGUAGAUAGUAGUCAUUUAAGUGGCGAGUUUGAAAAAGCCAUCCAAAGACUGCCUCUUUCUCUUAGGUUAGACAGAGACACUAGUGUGAAAGUGCCUGUGCGAGAACAUACGUCCACUGAACUGGAGGUGUCCACCCAUAGAAUAAGUGAAAAUCAGUCAUUAUUGUUAAGGCUAUUCGAAAGUAAACUCUUUGACAUGUCCAUGGCUGUGUCAUAUCUAUAUAAGUGUAAAGAACCCGGUGUUCAGCAGUAUAUUGGCAAUAGAUUAUUUAGUUUACCUCGGAAAGAAGCAUAUUUUUACCUGCCUCAGCUUGUGAACAUGUAUGUACAAACGUAUGAAGUUGCCGAAAUUUUGCACCCAUUUUUGGUUCACUGCUGUCGCCACGACACUGUCUUUGCGCUGCAAUGCGCCUGGUUACUUGACGCCUUCUCGUCAGACAGUUCGCUCCAGAGGAAGAAAUCUCACGGCACGAAGUUCAAGAACCUGAUCUUCUCUGAUGAACUUCGACCGAAGAGCGGCGGUGAUUCGACGUUUCGGAUGAUUUGCCGACCAUCUGCUCCAAUGCAGUCCUUGCAUCGAGCGUCCAUAUUUACCCGCAUUAAAGAACACCCCAGCCCGGGGUCGAAUCCUGGGUCGCCGGUCGCCGAACUGCCCUCCAAGUUACCGCCCUGCAUGCUGCCCACCAACAUCGGCAGAAAGACGCACCAAAGAAGUCGCUCGGACGCCACCGUUGCUCUUGGCAGUGCUGUCACUGCUGGAGCUUCAUCUGGCGGAGCAUCGGCGUCGUCUUAUAAUAAGAGUCAUAGGAGAACCCCAUCCGCUGGCAGUGCAAAGAAUUGCUUGGGGGACCUCAAUUCCGGUCGUUCGUUUGACAACGGAUGCAGCUGCUUCGACUCUGAAGAAGCUCGCUGCAAUGCAUUGCGCGGCAAAACUAUAGAUUGCCAUUGCGGGGCCCCGCGUCUUGCUCCAGAGCUCGAGUUUGUUCGAUCUCUGAUCAGCAUCGGCAAAAGAUUGAGCGCCCAGCCGACAAAAGAAGCGAAGACGUCCAGACUUUUGGCUGAGCUGUCUGUGCUCAACUUGAACUUACCUGCUCGAGUUUACCUGCCGUUGGGUGUUACAGACAGACCGCACCACAUCGUGCGAGUGCCGCCACAAGCCGCGGUUGUACUCAACUCUAAGGACAAGGCCCCUUACAUCAUCUACGUAGAGGUCGUUGAGGUGGAGCAUCUAGAGGCGAGUCCGGUGCAAGCGAAACUCUCUCACAGUUUACGACACACUCGCUCAGAAGAGAAUCUUUUGCUGUCUCCAGCCGCGUCAAACUCUUCCUCAACUCUGGACCUGACAACUCCCUCUGCUACCAUCCCCACCAGCGGACUGGGUUCUUCAUCCUCAAUUCCGUCAUCCCUCAGUUCACCUCAUGUCAUGACUACGGGCUUCUUGGAAGAAGGUGACUGCUGGAGUCCUGAAGAUGACGAGAUCAGCCAGCAGUACAGUGGACUGGGACGCAGGCUGGACCGUGACACCAUCUCAAUGAUGUCCCUGGAUUCGUGCGACUCGCGUGACAUAACUUCAGCUAGAGGAGCAGCCGAGAUCCGUAGGAAACUUUCUGAGACUGUCAACGCUCCAAAAACUGGCUUCAAGAGAGAUCCCGAAGAUCCCAGCGCUGCGGCGUUAAAGGAGCCGUGGAGUGAUAAGGUGGAACGAAUUCGAGAAACUUCACCGUACGGGCAUUUACCGACAUGGCAACUGCACUCGGUUAUCGUCAAGUGUGGUGAUGAUUUACGACAAGAACUUUUGGCUUAUCAACUCCUCAACGUGUUCCAGAAGAUGUGGGAGGAAGAAGGAUUAUCCCUCUGGCUUAGGCCUUACAAGAUCUUGGUUUUGUCUGACGACUCGGGGCUGAUAGAACCUAUCGUGAACACUUGCUCUUUACAUCAGAUCAGGAAAAACAGCAAGAUGUCUCUGUUGGAAUAUUUCAUGCAAGAGUUUGGAGACAGCAAUUCAGAAGAAUUUUUGUCGGCCCAACGCAAAUUUGUCGAGUCAUGUGCCGCAUAUUCUCUGGUUUGCUAUAUUGUGCAAGUUAAAGACAGGCAUAACGGAAACAUUUUGCUGGACAACGAAGGCCACAUUAUUCACAUCGAUUAUGGGUUUAUGUUGUCGUCGUCACCAAGAAACCUAGGCUUUGAAUGGUCUCCGUUCAAACUCACGCCCGAGCUGGUAGAAGUGAUGGGCGGAGAAUCUUCUGAUAUGUUCAAGUAUUUCAAAAUACUUUUACUUAAAGGCAUGCUAGCGGCGCGGAAACACCACGAGAGAAUAUUGUCCCUCGUCGAAGUCAUGAGCUCGGGGUGCAAACUGGCAUGCUUCCGUGCUGGUGCUUCAGUGGUGCCGGCGCUGAAGAGUCGCUUUCAUAUGAACAUGACGGAGGAACAACUCAGCGCCCACCUGGACAGCUUAGUGGACAACGCCAUCAAUUCACUCACCACGAGGCUCUACGAUGGUUUCCAGUAUUUUACCAACGGGAUUUUGUAAGAUGACUCCAGCGAUGAUGCUGCAAUAUUGAAUGCAUCAUAAACUUGCCUUAUGGUAUGUAUGGAGCCGUUUUAUCGGUCCUAUCAAAUCAUGUAAUACUCAUCGAGCCUCGACUUCGCCACCCAGAGUUUAAAAGUUUCGUGACGAAGAAGGGCUUCCAAAAAUCGAGAUACUUAAAUCUUUCCAAAGCUAAAUCCAGUCUUGUCAAUAAUUUUCAAUUAGUUUUUCGUCUGUCACAAUGUUCUCAUUAGCGUCGUUAUUAUAAGGUCUGACGUCUCCGUUAUUGGCGAAAGCGGAUUCCGCGUCUGUGGCCGGAUGCUGAAAAUCGAGGCUAAAAAUGCCAGUUGAUGAGCUGAUCUUAUCCGCAGUGACACAUUGAUCGCAUUCCGGCUGUGCCUGAAGCCUUUGAGCAGUAUUAUGUUUCUCCCGUGAUACUAAAUCGACAAAAGCUUCCUAUUUGCGGCAAUUCUGUAUGAUAAAGUUUUCAGCAAUGCUGAAACGACUGAUUUUUUUUGGCCCGUCAUUAGUUGAUGAAGCAAAUCAAUUACUUAGCAGCCUAAAUUUACUGAAGGAUUUUGAGUGUUUUUUACGGGAUCUAUGAAACUUUUUUAUCUGUUUAGAUUUUUUAUAAUUGAUGCCAUUGUAGAAUUCGGUAACUUGUAGAUAUGCUUUAUAUAUAUCUGAUCUGCAGAUCCUUUUGCUACUCUCAAAUGUGGUGUUUUUUGUAUUACUUUCAGCUUCGUCGUCUCUGUGUAAUAAUUGUUGAAUUGUCUUGAUGAAACAGAUCUGCUUGUCUCAUUGUACCAACGUUAUUAUCUUUAAUAUUAGUGUAUGAUAUUUGAUAGGUCAGGAGUACAUUUCUUGCCAAACUGUUUUUUCUUUGCUAUGUCAUGAAUUAGUGUCGUAAUUUUCUUA